CCUGUUGCAUCUAGUUGACAGGUCAGGUUAGAUUUGUUUGUAUUUAAUGAUGCAAAUUUACCACACCUUAAUAUAGUAGAUCCUGUCAGGUCAGGUUUCACACACCACCAUAGUCCUGAGAACUUUCAAACAGGCUUGUGAGAAGACCAGAAGAUUAUUUUGUGCUAUCAAAAAUGAGACUUAAAGAUCUUGUGUAUGUUCUCACAACAAUGCUGAUCAUCUUAAUGUGGUGUUUCUCUAUCAACUGGUCAAAACUCCAAGAAGCUGCCAAACGGAUAUGUUAUGUACAUGAUGAUGUUAAUGAUUCUGUGACAGACUGUGACAAUCCAGGUAAGCUUCAUUUUAUGCUCAUUAGUGGACGAGAUGGAGAUGGAGCUUAUUGGUGUGCUUGUAGUACUGUAUUUUUCAGGGAACCUGUUUAUUUUUUCUGGGCAGGUCUAUUUAAGCCUCAUUUUGGUUGCUGUCCACAUAAACAUUGCCCUAUCAACUACUUUCCCUUCCACAUUCACAGCGGUGUAGCCAAUGUGGUUGCUGCAAAGAUCUGCUUUAACAAUACAAUAUAAGAACUUAUCAUGGGUGGCAUUAAGAAUAAUGCAGGACAAGGGCUGAAUAUCGUGUUAGCAAACGGUGAAACCGGUGAAGUUUUAAGAAAUAAGAACUUUGAUCUGGAAUCUAGAGGUCCUGAGGAAUUACUUGUCUAUCUAAAGACACUAAAACCAGGAAAUAUAGUGCUUGUGGCCUCACACAUCGACCCUACACCAAAGCUGACUGAUGAGAUUAGAGAUAUAUUCACUGCACUGGGCAGUACAAUGGUCAAAUCCCUGAAGCCCAGGGAUAGCUGGGUGUUCGCAGGCGCCUACGGAAUAAAAGAAGCGAGUUCUUUUGAAAAGUUAAUUCAAAAUCAUAUGAGGAGCAACGCGUAUGAAGACUGGCCAGAGAUGGGGGAGAUCAUUGGCUGCUUUCCCAGAAUAUUUGAGACUGAAUAAGCCACAGCCAACCUCAUAUCACCACGUUUGGGACAUUUGAAA